AACAUCGACUCGUCCUCCAUUGCGCUACGCAGCCGACGCCGUUCGCGAGAUCAAAAGCACGGGAACGUGUUGAGCGAGCUCUCGGGAUCGAAGCCAUGGCAACGCGUGUGCUGUCGCCGAAGGAGCAGGACAUACAGAUGAUGCUCGCCGCCAACGUCCACCUCGGCGCCAGGAACUGUGACUUCCAGAUGGAACGCUACGUCUACAAGCGCAGAUCCGAUGGUGUACACAUCAUCAACCUUGGUAAAACAUGGGAGAAGCUUCAGCUAGCAGCUAGAGUCAUAGUUGCCAUCGAGAACCCUCAGGAUAUUAUUGUCCAAUCUGCAAGACCAUAUGGUCAGAGAGCUGUUUUGAAGUUUGCACAGUACACGGGUGCUCAUCCUAUUGCAGGGCGGCAUACACCUGGUACCUUUACCAAUCAGCUUCAAACAUCUUUUAGUGAGCCUCGCCUUUUAAUCCUUACUGAUCCUAGGACCGACCACCAGCCUAUCAAGGAAUCUGCUCUUGGAAACAUUCCAACAAUUGCCUUCUGUGACACUGAUUCUCCAAUGCGAUAUGUUGAUAUUGGAAUUCCAGCAAACAAUAAAGGAAAACACAGUAUUGGCUGCCUCUUUUGGUUGUUGUCAAGGAUGGUUCUGCAGAUGCGUGGCACCAUUCCUCUUGGGCGUAAAUGGGAAGUAAUGGUUGAUCUGUUUUUCUACAGAGACCCUGAAGAAGCCAAGGAACAGGAGGAAGAGGAAGCGCCAGUUGCUCCCGAUUUUGGUGCAGUUCCUGGUUAUGGUGCUAUGGUACCAAAUGAACAAUGGACUACUGAACAGUGGAUGCCUGAUGUGGGAGCUGUACCUGCCGUCGUGCCUCUGGUUCCUGGGGUUGAGUGGACUGCUGCUCAAGCUCCCAUAGCUGCUGGGGGAUGGGAUGUGGCUGCUGCUCCACCUGCUGAUGGUGCUGUUGCUCCUCCUCCAUCUGGUUGGGAAACUGCUCCACCUGCUGCUUCCUCAGGCUGGGAAUCAUGAAUGUGUCAAGUAGUUUCAAUUUUUGUAUUUAUUUAGGUAGCACUUUCAGUGCCUCUGGAUGCUUGCUUUUCUCACCAUUUUACUAUCCACCUCUGAACCUGUUAACAGCUACUAGUGAUUUUUUUUCCUUAUAUAUUAAGGCCUAGCGAUAGGCUAAUUGCGAGUUAA